AUGCUUUUAAGAUUUCGUGGUCCUGAUGGAACAGUUCGUAUCACUGUUGAAGCAAAUGAAACUUUUGCUCAACUUGGCGACAAGCUUGUAAAACUUCUACCUGAGAACAUCGACCCGAAGACAUUAACACUUUCAAAUGCGCCGAGUGGUGGUGAGGUCAAGUCUCUUGUAGAAAUUGCAAGAGCCAAAGUCUCGCAGAUUGGUCUCAAGAAUGGCGAUAUGGUAUUCAUAAAUUAUAAGCUCUUGGAUAGUCUUUCAAAUGGCAAUGCUACCCCUUCCACCUCGACUGGUCCUCCAUCUCAACUCGCCUCCUCAACAAAUCGUUUAAAUGGACAUGUCGUUUUACCAGAAUCAAUACCUAUCGAUGUUCCAGCUCAAGAAGUAACUUCGCCAUCGGAAAAGAUCAAAAAUCCGUGGGAAUUAGUUAGACAAUCCGAUCUCGAUAAUAGGCUAGACAAGAAAGAUGGCAAAAUCCCCAGAAAGAAGGAUCAAAAGAUGUGUCGACAUGGUGAAAAAGGAAUGUGUGACUACUGUAUGCCGUUAGAACCAUUCAAUGCGGAAUACCUGGCCGAGAAAAAGAUCAAGAACCUCUCGUUUCACUCGUAUCUGCGAAAGAUCAACUCGGCGACCAACAAACCAGAGCUAGGAAGUUCUUUUAUGCCACCAUUGACGGAGCCGUAUUACCGUGUGAAGAAGAACUGCCCGUCAGGACAUCCUCAGUGGCCCGAGGGUAUUUGUACUAAGUGCCAACCGAGCGCAAUCACUUUACAGCCGCAAGCAUUCCGUAUGGUGGAUCAUGUUGAAUUCGCUCAAGCAAGCCUCAUCGAAAACCUACUCCAGUUCUGGAGGGCGACAGGUGCACAACGUUUUGGGUAUUUAUAUGGUCGCUACGAGGAGUAUACAGAGGUGCCAUUGGGAGUCAAGGCUGUUGUGGAAGCUAUUUACGAACCGCCACAAGUUGACGAACUCGAUGGCGUCACAUUAAACGAAUGGGAAUCCGAAAAGGAUAUCGACGAGAUUGCGAGAUUGUGUGGCAUGGAGAGAGUUGGUGUCAUCUGGACUGAUCUCAUUGACUCAGGCGUAGGAGAUGGCACAGUCUUAUGCAAGAGACAUUUUGAUUCAUACUAUUUAUCAUCGCUGGAAAUCGCAUUUGCAGCACGUUUACAAGCGAAGCACCCAAAGCCAACGAAAUGGAGUGAUACGGGCAAAUUUGGGUCCAAUUUUGUUACCUGUGUAGUGACAGCCGAUGAGACCGGAGGAAUCGCCAUAUCUGCAUAUCAAGUCUCCAACUCAGCCGUGGAAAUGGUUCGAGCAGAUAUUGUCGAACCAUCCGCCGAUCCUGCUGUGAUGAUCGUUCGCAGCGAAGGAGAUGAUGAUUCCGAUACGAGCGCACGAUACAUUCCUGAGGUCUUCUUCAGAAAGAUUAACGAGUAUGGUAGAAGCGUUCAAGAGAAUGCCAAGCCAUCUUUCCCUGUAGAAUAUUUACUCGUCACAUUGACUCACGGCUUUCCUAGCGAUCCUAAGCCAGCAUUCAUGGCUAAGAGUUCUUUCACUAUUGAGAAUCGUUUGGUACUUGGCCAGGAACAAGAUCUCAAGGACGUUGGAAAGCAAUUAGGACUUGACAAGAGUGGUCAACUCACUCAAUCUCCUGAUGGCGUCCUCGCGGUGUCUGACUUUCAUCUCCUAUGCUUCAUCUAUAGUAUGGGUAUUUUAAGCAAAGAAGAGAUGGCACUUCUCUGCCGUGUGGCAACUCAACACGAUUUAGCAGAUGGAUACCAAUUGAUAGCAACCCCUGGCUGGGCAAAUUUCCUUGCAAUUUUACAAUCGACUGGUGAGCGACCCCCAAAACGUCAGUCGCCGUCCGAUGACGAUGGUCCUGCGGAGCGUCUUGCUAAAAGGGUUGGCGGAGUUAGGCUAGAUUGA